AUUUCCUUUUAGUGGGUGGAACAUCCGGUAAAUAUUGCAAAACAUGGCGUUGCUUCUAAGGUCUCUUGCCCGGUCAGGUGUGUGUGCGUCGCGCUCGCAGCUGCUCCUCUGCAGACAUGCGGCCCCCAUGGGCACGACGGCAAAGGAGGAGAUGAACAAGUUCUGGGCCAAGAACACGCGGCUCCAACGGCCCAUGUCACCACACAUUACCAUCUACAGGUGGUCCAUUCCUAUGGUCAUGUCGGUGACCCACAGAGGCACAGGCGUCGCCCUCAGCGGAGGUAUCUCCUUAUUCGCGGUUGCUGCCCUGGUGUUGCCGGGUAACUACCCCUACUACCUGGACCUGAUCCAGUCGCUGGCGUACGGGCCUCACUUCCUGGCCUUCAGCAAGUUCGCGCUGGCCUUCCCCGUCGCCUACCACACCUACAACGGCAUCCGCCACUUGAUGUGGGACGUGGGUAAGGGUUUCAAGAUCCCCGAGGUCUACCGCUCCGGAUACGUGGUCAUGGCUCUCUCUGUCCUCACCUCCAUCGGCCUGGCCCUGUUCUAGCCUUCCAUCUAGACACCUACACCAUGUUUGUAGUUCAGUAGCUACGUCUAAUAAUGGGUUUCAGUGGGAGAAAAGACUACAACUGGCUAGCCUUCCAUCUAGCCUUCCACACCUCCAUCUAGCCUUCCACACCUCCAUCUAGACACCUACACCUCCAUCUAGACUUCUACACCAUGUUUUAACUGCCAUUUUUGGAAAUAAGCUUAUUUUACACCUCUCCUUGAGUUAAGUGAUUGAGUUUUACCUCUCUCUAGUACUUCUAGUCAUUCUCUGAGCAGGGCAGUGCAAAGUUUACUACAGCUAGCUAGCUGGUCUCAUAGCAUUCCAUGUUAACUGCUAGCUUGGAGGUAACAUUUGCACUGCCCUACUCGGAGAACGGUUAAAAGUACUCAAUCAUUUAACUAUAAAGGUGUAAAAUAAGCUAAUUUCCGAAAAUUGCACAGUAUGGCCUCCAGAUGAAACCCAUUACCCUUCACUUCACAUGAUGAGUUGUAUCUGCAAUAGAGAGAGAAGAGCUGCUACACCAGGGCUUCCAAACCCCACUCGAAUUGCGGGCCCCAUCUCUGAUCCAAUAAACAAUAACACUGAAAUGCUCAACAGCGACGCGCACGCAAAUGUUAUUUAGAUUUUUUAGAAAAUGAUCUCAAGGCCCAUUUGGUAUGCUUGUCAUGGCCCACCUAAAAGUGGUUCUUACUUGGCCUGCCAUCCGUUGGCUUAGCUUUCCUCUUAAUGAUGAAUCUACACAUCCAACAUCCCCCACCACCACCCAGGAACAAGGAAGGUUUUUCUUAAAGGGAGACUCCACCCGACAGAGUCGUUAUGUGUCGUUAUGUCAAUUUGUCUUUCAUGUCAUGUCACACGUUGUGUCACGUCACAUGUGUCACAUUGUCACACGUGUCGCAUCACAAGUGUAUUGUUUCAGUAAAGAAAUGAAAAUGAAUAAAUAUGAUCUAUUAUCUAUACACCUA